CGGGCGGCGGGGCUGCGCGGCCGGAGGGCGCCGCUUCGUGCAGGACCCCUGCCCAGAGGGGAGCCCCGCUCGGUGGGGACCCCUGCCCGGAGGGUACCGCUCCUUGGCGGGACCCUCCGCCCGGAGGGAUCCCCCUGCUCGGUGGGGACCCCCUGCCCGGAGGGGACCGCUUCGCAGAGAGACCCCCUGCCCGGAGGGGUUCCCCUGCCCGGAGGGAUUCCCCAGCCCAGCGGGGACCCCCGCUCAGUGAGGACCCUCAGCCCGGAGGGGAUCCCUGCCCGGUGGGGACCCCCAACACGGAGGGGAUCGCUGCCCAGUGGGGACCCCCAGCCGGGCGGGACGGGCUCGGCAGCGCAGCAUGGGCAGCCUCCAGCUGCAGGACUUCGCGGCGGGCUGGGUGGGCGGAGCUGCCAGCGUGGUCGUGGGCCACCCCUUGGACACAAUCAAGACUCGUUUGCAAGCUGGACACGGAUAUGGAAAUACACUCAACUGUGUUCUCACUGUGUACAGAAAUGAGUCUGUGGCUGGCUUCUUCAGAGGCAUGUCCUUCCCACUGGCCAGCAUCGCCGUCUACAGCUCCGUGGUGUUCGGUGUCUUCAGCAACACGCAACGGCUCCUCAGCCAGCUCCGCCACGGGGACCCGGCCCACGCACCGGCACUCACCGAUGUGGCCGUUGCCAGCGUGGUGGCAGGGUUCGUCUCUGUGGGCAUCGGCACUCCUGUGGACCUGGUAAAGAUAAGGCUACAGAUGCAAACGCAGCCAUACAGCAAAGCAAACGUUAACCCAAAGCCCACAGUUCCGGGAUUUCCUGUGUACCGAGGCCCAAUUCACUGUUUUAGGACAGUCCUACAGAAAGAGGGGAUAGCAGGAAUAUACCGAGGCAUGGGAGCUAUGCUUCUGAGGGAUGUUCCUGGGUACUGCCUCUAUUUCAUCCCUUACACAUUUUUCUGUGACUGGAUUACCCCUGAUGGAUGCAUUUCCCCUAAUCCCUCCUCCGUCUGGCUGGCAGGGGGUGUAGCAGGAGUCAUUUCCUGGGGGACUGCUACUCCAAUGGAUGUUGUGAAAAGUCGACUUCAGGCAGAUGGAGUUUAUUUAAACAAGUACAAAGGGACCCUUGACUGUAUCUUGCAGAGCUACCAGAACGAGGGCUUAAAAUGUUACCAAGAAGACCUGAAAGUCUCCUACUUCCCUGAGCCAGAUGAGCAGUGUGGUGUGGGCGAGGGCUCAGCUGCACUGACCGAUGCCGCCCGUCCUGCACCUACAGCAUCUGCUUUCUCUUCUGCCACGGACUUAGUCCCUGGAGGACUCUGACAACCGCACCAGCUCAAUCAAAUCCAAAGACCAUUUUCUUAUCAUAUCUGUCACUCUGUUGUGUAAGAGCACUUUAGUAGUCCCCAUGGAGGUGUUGGGCUUUUUCACUGACGACCUUCUUCCCACUGAGCCAAGAGAACAACUCAUUUCCCUUACCCACACAAGUGACAUCCCCAAAUCCAGCCCACCUGACAUUGGCCGAGGGAGCAGCUUUUGUACAACACUGUGUAUAAUGCUCAUCUUUUUGUAAGCAAGGAAGGAUGUGGGUGCACAGGUGCUUUUUGUGUUGCAGGAUCUGGAGUCCCACCAAAUCCUAGCUUGCUUUCAGGAUCAAAGAAAUGCAUGACUCCACCUGUAUGAAUGGAUACUUGUGUUUUACAUCACAGAACCCUCCAGUUUGCCACAAUUUAACACUCUGUCAUGAAAAAUUGCAAAGGGCUUCAUCUUCAAUUUGUCAUCCAAGGUAUAAAUUAAAUUGGGGAACAGAGGGAUGUUAAAUUUAGAGACUAAGCUGCUCUUUUUCUUCAGAAAACAAUAAACCCAGUCCACAUUUCACAUAGAUGGCUGCCUGUUAAUUUACCGAACUCGCCUUGUGUGGCCCUCCAGGGACCUGUUAGAGGUAUUUUGUUAGACCUUCUGAUCUCCCUGACAUGACAGUCCAGCUUGCCAACUACCAAAUCCUGCUGGCAUCACUUUGCAGCCUUGAGACACCAUCACCAAAGGGAGUCUUUUUAAGGGAUGCAGAGUUUAUCCCAAACUAUUCUCUAAAAUACACAGGCCAGCUUCAGACCUCCAGCUCUUUGCUGCAAUCCCACUGAGACAACCGGGGCAGACCCAGGUCUCUCUUUGGUCUACCUCAGCCUUUCAAUUAUUCCAAGAUCUUUUGCAUCAUGGUUAUUUCUGUUUAUGUUGUUAAAUAUCUAAAUGCUUUAUUUUCUAAGCAUGGAGCUUAUGAUGCCAAAAACCAAGAACACCCAGCUGUGCUGGGAUGAGAAGACUCUGGUGGCACUGGUAGGAAAGGCUGAGGGGUAACAGCCUCACAUGCAGAGGGACAUGCGGCAUGGGGAAUAGUCUGCGACAACACUGUCCUCUGGGAAAAGGAUGGUUCCCCUCAACCUUCCUUGGGAGAAGAGCUCUGGGAAAAAAGCCCAGCAAUGGAAACUUCAGCAGAUGACCUCAAUAAAUGUUUCUGAGGACAACCUGGAGCAGCUGAGAAGCUUUCCUCCAUUAAAAGGAGGAGAAGGAAAAAGAAACUCCUGUAUCCUCUUCCCUGGAUGAAUGGAGGAAUCAGCAACAAGACUUGAGGACCUCAGCAGAAAGUGCCUAAAUCUCGGGUCUGGAGCAGUACUCAGAAGUGGGGUCCCCAACCUUGGGCUCCUCUUCACUGGGGCCUGAAUUAAAACCAGAAAUGUGGCUUCCCCCAGAACUGGCCUUAAAAAGUGGGAGAAACAGCUGGCAUUGCUUCAUCUCAGGACUUGCAGGCAAGGAGGCUCACAGUACCUUUGAGCUUGGCACAAGCACAGAGAACUGGUUUUGAUAAACAUUACGGAUAAAAUUGAUGAGCCUUCACACAAGUAUUUGUUGCUGGCUGUAUCUAAGGAUUCAUCCUUUCCAUGCUACCUAUUUUAAUGCAUAUACGUAAAACAUGUUCUUUAGAUGCAUAAUAUCCUGUGUCUCCAGGGGUAAUACUAGGGGAGAAUGUUUUUUCAGUGCAAAUAAAUAGUGUUGCUUAUCUGCCUGCAUUAUAUAAAAUGGACCAUGAAUUAACUGA